AUGAAGAAGGGUACACUGUCAACCGAGAACUCAACAAGCGGAUGGGAGGUGACAACGUGUGAAACUAUGAAGCAGAAGGAAGCGCCACAGUUUUGGUUCAGAAUUCUCAGCCCGCUCUACUGGCCUGGAAGUAGAGCAAAAGCCAAUAUGAGACAUCCUACCCUAAUUGACAAAUCUGGUAUUUCUUUUGGGGACGACCAGGAAAAGGCGCAUGCGUUAGGGCGAUUUUUUGCCAAUGUAGUUGAAAAGGCUGGUGAUGACAACCGCGCAAUGAGCAUGCCUUGGGCAAUGGCUCGCAUCCCUGAAUCUAUAGGCUGGAUCGGUUGUUUACCCUGCUGUCAGCGCAAUGAAGUUGUCAGAGAAGAAAUGACUAAGUCGAGGUUAUUUGAUCAGUGCCGAAACGAUGCGCUCGUGUGCUCUCAAUUCCUACAUGAUUCAAAUGCUGCAGCUGAAUCACCGUCACAGCAGAAUUUGUAUUUUCUAUGUAUUCGUUGCUCCAUCAAAGUUGUUUAUAGACGAGUGGGAAACCAACUACUGGAGACCAAAUCGUGAUCAAAACCUGCAUCAAUAUGCCAGUGUACCCUACCAGAGCACCGGAAAGAAGCCAAUCGACUAUGGAAUGGUUAGUGUUGUUGCCAGGACGCGAAUAGUCACUCUGCGACAGUAUUUUUCAAAUUCGUGGUGGGGGAUGAAUAUGGACUACGCGCAAACCUGAAAUACACUGUCGAUUUUGUCAGCUUAUGUAUUGCGAAAUACCUUUAUGGUCCAGACUUCAUUGAUGUGGAGUGGUAAAUCACUUUUUUGCUACAUGGGGACAGCUUUUUUUAUUUGUCGGGCAACUUCUACGAUUUUUGUU